CCAGUUCUCUAAACAUGCCAUAUCGAGUUUCCCAACCUGUUGUGAUCACUCACUACAAGCAUGUGUAAACGAGGAGCUGUGCAUCCCUCACAGGGUUAUUAUAAAGUUUUAAUGCGCUGUUGUUUCUAAAAUCGGGAGUUGUGUACAAAUGUAAAGUUUUAAUUUAAAGAGACAGUAUAGUGUCAUGGGAAAUCCACUGGAUUAAGUCAGAACAUUCACUGAGGAUCUGCGUGCUGAUUUUUCUGUUUGUGCCGCUGGCUGCCAUGGAUACACUGGUAGAAGAUGAUAUCUGCAUUCUAAAUCAUGAAAAAGCCCAUAGGAGAGAUACAGUGACUCCGGUCUCAAUAUAUUCAGAUGAGUCUGUUGCUUCACAUUUUGCCCUUGUCACUGCAUAUGAAGACAUCAAAAAACGACUCAAGGAUUCAGAAAAAGAGAACUCUUUCCUAAAGAAAAGAAUAAGAUUUUUGGAAGAAAAGCUUACAGGCGCUUUAUUAGAUGAAGAAACAAGUUCUGUGGGACGAGAACAAGUAAAUAAGGCCUAUCAUGCAUAUCGAGAGGUUUGCAUUGAUAGAGAUAAUUUAAAGAGCAAAUUGGAUAAAAUGAAUAAAGACAACUCUGAAUCUUUGAAAGUAUUGAAUGAACAGCUGCAGUCUAAAGAAGUAGAACUCCUCCAGCUAAGAACAGAGGUGGAAACUCAGCAGGUGAUAAGGAAUUUAAAUCCACCUUCAUCAAACUGGGAGGUGGAAAAGUUGAGUUGUGACCUGAAGAUCCAUGGCUUGGAACAAGAACUAGAACUGAUGAAGAAAGAAUGUAAUAAUCUCAGAAUAGAGCUACAAAAAGCCAAACAAACGGAUCCAUCUCAGGAAGACAAUCUGCAGAGCAGAGAUCUCCAAAGACAAAGCAUUUCAAGUGAUGAUGUGCAAAAUGUAUACUGGGAGCUGAAGAGAGAAAUGUCUAAUUUACAUCUGGUGACUCAAGUACAGGUUGAACUACUAAGAAAACUGAAAACCCCAACUGCGAUCAAGAAAGCGUGUGCCCCUGUAGGAUUCAUGGAAGACCUUGGGAAAGAAAGCACAAAACUGCACUUGACGAAUUUCACUGCAACAUACAGAAGACACCCCCCUCUCUCACCAAAUGGCAAAACUCUUUGUCAUACCACAUCUCCCCCUUUACCAGGAGAUGUAAAGAUUUUAUCAGAGAAAGCAAUUCUCCAAUCAUGGACAGAUAAUGAGAGACCUAUUCCUCAUGACUAUUCAAACUUUCAGGAACACUACUCGUAUGGCAGAAAUUCUCUGGAAGACAAUUCUUGGGUACUCCCAAGCCCUCCUAAAUCAAGUGAAACAGCAUUUGGGGAAACUAAAAAUAAAACUUUGCCUUUACCCAUCCUGCCACCCCCGCAUAACUUGGAUCAACGUAAUCAAAACUGCCUUUAUAAGAAUUAAUUCUGAAGAGAUAUGUGACUUGGUCAUGAGGUUGCUGUACCUCCCGCAAGUAUUCUUGAGAAAUUAUUUAAUAAACUGAAAGCAGGUUUCGAUUAAACUUUUGCAGAGUUCUUCAAUGUACACAUUUGCACAUACUGUAACGUAUUAUGUAGUUGAUUUUCCAGUAUGAGAGCAACCCUCCAGCUUCACAUUCUGGCUAAGAAUCAGAUAUGUACUACUAAUAAAUUAAUAAACUUGAGGUGUUUCAAAAAGACA